UGUUUGCGGACCGCCAUGAUAUCGAAGAAGAAGAACGCAGGCCUUACUGAGACACAUUUCUUACCGGAACAUACUGAAUUAAAACAUUUCCUACACGGACUGUUUUGAGUGAUGCACAAUUCUUUAGAUUCCGACUGGUGUCCAACUUGCAGCGACGUCUUCCACAUUGUUUAGUGUCAGAGAAAGAGAGUUAUGAAUGACUGGAGUCCAGUAGCAAAAGUCUACGACCCUCUCAAGGCGGGCAGCAUCGAUGGCACAGACGUGGAGCCCCAUGACCGGGCCGUCUGGAGAGCCAUGGUCGCCCGCUACAAACCCAACAAAGCCGUGGUGGGGGACCCGCUCCUCACUCUAUUCGUGGCCCGCUUGAACCCUCAAACAACGGAGGAGAAGCUGAAUGAAGUGUUUUCCAAUUACGGGGAUAUCCGCCGGCUGCGCCUGGUGAGGGACAUAGUGACUGGGUUCUCUAAAGGCUAUGCCUUUGUUGAAUACAAAGAGGAGAUGUCCGUGGUCAGGGCGAGGCGAGACGCCAACAAACUAGUGGUGGACCAAAGUGAGUUGUUUGUGGACUUCGAGCAGGAGAGGACCCUGAAGGGAUGGGUACCUCGUCGGCUGGGCGGAGGGCAGGGGGGCAAGAAGGAGUCUGGUCAGCUGCGGUUUGGUGGGAAGGACAGACCCUUCCGCAAACCCAUCAACCUUCCUGUCACCAUGAACCAGGAAUGGGGUGGUGGUAGCAGAGAGUGUGAGAGAGGAGGAGAGAGGGAGGAGCGCUACAGAGAUGGGUCCCUGAGCCGUGAGAGAGAGACUGAUUGGGGGAGUAGGGGGAGGAGAGAUGACCGAGACAGAGGGAGAGAGAGGGGUGUAGAAAGGGACUACCACCGAGAGAGGAGGGAUAGGAGUUAUGAGCGGGAGUCGACGAGAGAGCGGGAUGACAGGAGAGGGAAGGAUGACAGAAGACACAGGGAUGAUAAGUACAGACACAGAGACAGGAGAUGAAACUCAGUGGUUCCUCUGACAUCUGAAAGGAUGCAUGGGUGGAGAGUGAGGUGGAGCAAGUAAUACAAAAACGUGUGGACUACAUUGGUCUUUUUUUCUCUCACCUGGAUGGUGCGGACAGGUGAUGUCAUCUGUAACCUUCUGCUGGCCUGGCUCAGCAGGGUGUUAUUAUCUACCUGUUGUUCUUUAUGCAGUGAAUAAAGUUUGUUUUACAAUCUGA